GUCUGAACUUCCCAUUUUUAUUGCCGAGUCCACUGCUUCAUUUAUUCAUAAAUGUCCACUCCAUCAACCGGAAUCUCCUUUGAUUCAGAUCGCAUCACAUCCGACCACCGCCACCACUACCAACCGGAAUUCAUGGACUCCACCAGACACAACAUGUCGUCGUCAUCACAUUCGCCACCACCAACCACCAUUCAUUUCCCUGUCAACUACCUUGACCCUGAUCCUGACAAGUCCGAUGAUAAACGGAUUAACGAAGUUGAUUUUUUCACGGAUACUAAACACUAUCCAUCGAAGUCGAUCAAUUAUGAUCUUAAUUGUAAGGAGGAGAUUACUAAACCUGCUAUCGAUUUGGAUUUUAAUGUCAAUACUCGUUUGAAUCUUCUCACUGGAAACACAAGCAGCGAUCAAUCUGUAAUCGACGAUGGCAUUUCUCCUAGUUAUGAAGAUAAACGAACUAAACAUGAGUUAGCAAGUGUUCAAGCAAAAUUGGAGAGGAUGAACGGUGAGAAUCAACGGCUGAGAGAGGCGUUGAAUCAAGUGAUCUACAAUUACAAUACACUAGAGAAUCAUCUCGCGAUGAUGAUACACCAAAAACAAGGUGGUGAAAACCCUAAUGGAGAAGGAUCUAGAAGGCAAGUUAUGGAUCUGGGUUUAGCACAUCCAGCGAAAGCUGAAACCGAUGAGAACUUACAGUUGUCGACGUCAGAAGAAAGGAACCACGAUGAACAAUCGACGCGACCAAUUCUUAACAACCAGAACACUGGAAAUAUAGAUCAAUCUUCUGAACCACCGAUUCGGAAAGCUAGGGUUUCUGUUCGUGCUCGAUCAGAAGCUUCCGUGAUCGCAGAUGGAUGUCAAUGGCGGAAAUACGGUCAAAAACUGGCAAAAGGAAACCCAUGUCCACGAGCAUAUUACCGUUGCACCAUGGCAGCUGGUUGUCUCGUUAGAAAACAAGUGCAAAGAUGUGCACAAGAUAGAUCGAUCCUGAUCACCACUUACGAAGGCAAUCACAACCACCCUCUCCCGCCUGCCGCAAUGGCAAUGGCCUCCACCACCUCUUCCGCCGCCGGAAUGCUACUUUCCGGGUCCAUGCCAAGCUCCGACGGCUAUUUAGGAAGAAAUCUCCUCCCUUUCUCUUCUAGCAUGGCCACCAUCUCAGCAUCCGCCCCGUUUCCGACCAUCACUCUAGACCUCACUCAAACUCAAAACCCGUUACAGUUCCAACGGAGCCCCGGACUUCAAAUGUCUGAAAGCAUGGAAGCCAGCUCCCGACCGGGGCAGCUGCUGCCACCUGCCGCGUUGACUGAUACUGUUGCAGCCCUCACGGCGGAUCCAAAUUUUACUGCCGCCCUAGCAGCGGCGAUAUCGUCUAUUAUUGGUGGCACCGCCGGCGGGUCUCGUGGGAACAACAAUGAGGAAAACGUCAAUGCCACCACCAGCAACAACAAUGGUCAUGGCGACGAUAAAGUCAGCAAUUCAGGUUUUCAAUGA